AUGGAAACAUACCAUGGACAUGUUCGCACUCCGGCAGACGCCAUCAUUCUUUUUGAGGCUUGUCGAAUUGGUCUGCUGCCACGCGUCCAACGGAGGCUGUCAGAAAAAGAGCGCCAGUCCAUCAAGUCAGGUUCUGUUUUUGUUUGGGACGAGAGAGAGGCAGGAAUGAGGCGAUGGACCGACGGAAAGUCCUGGAGCGCCAGUCGAGUUUCAGGUAGCUUUUUGACCUACAGAGAAAUGGAAGGCAAAAGAGGAGGUCACUCGUCUAGAGCCGGCAAAACACCAGAGAGCAACAGAGGGAGCGAUGAGGAUCAGGGAGAGGGCGAAGAAGGCCCCGAUGGUUACCGUUAUAAACCCGACGGGUUAAUGAAACAAUCGUUCAGUAUAACGACUUCUACGGGCCAACAUCUGCAUCUCAUUAGUUACUAUGCAAGAACCCACCCCACCGCGCCAGGGUUAUGCCAGCCAUCUACAGAUCCGCAGCUGCGACAGAUUCGACCCCAGAAAGGUCUUUAUCCUGAGUCAAGUGUCAACGAUCAGCAAAACUUGCCUGUGGUUACCCGAAGUCCCAUGGGGGGUGGUAUCGCCGUCCCUCCCCCGAUUGCCUUUCCUCGCCCUACUCCCCAUUCGUACAGCCCGUCACCAUAUGGAUGGCCCCACCCCCCUAUACUUGGACCAACACCUGUGUCUAUGAUACCUUAUGUUUCAAACUAUCUACCACCGUUGGCUGCCAACGGGUCUACACCUUAUCCAUAUGGCCCCCCUGCCUACCAUCAUCCGCCUGGAUAUCCUUCCCCAUACGACAGGUUGUUGCAUCCAGCAGAUCAAGCAUCUAUCUCGGCUCAUAUGCAUGCCAACGCCGCACAAAUUGCUGGUCACGCGGUUCCAUAUUACGCGCAAGGUCUUUCCCCAGUCGUUACCCACCACGAUUUAGUAAAUCCCCAUGCGCGACAUGCCCACCCAGCAACGCCUCCAGCAGAAAACGACGCACGUCAGGGAGACUUAAAAGCGGACUAUGGACAGGACAUCAGAAGCAGCUCACAGACAACUCGUUCUCCUUUAAGGCCUGUCGAAGCCAGCUCGCCAGCUAGCAGUGUGCGCAAUCAAUCAGAUACCGCGACGUCGGCGAACGUUGUGCCGAGUAUCAAUGCCCUUGUAAACUCCGAUGAGGCUCCUACAAUGACAAGCUCGAUUUCUACAACGAGCUCUGAACACUCGAAAGCCUCCACAAAGCAGCCUUCAAAUGGGAAAGUCGAAGGGCCAAAGGAUAUCCCCAGUGACAAGAUCGGGUUUGGAGAAGACAUGAGAGCUUUGAGACAACUCGACAGGGUUUUUUCAGCAUAA